AUGGAAUUAAAAGAAAAAAGUCAUGAUAAUGUUGGCAGGCCUGCAGAUAUACCUGAAAUCUUAUGGUUCGAAGAAGAGACUGAAUUAAUCCGUAGUUGCGCGGCCUUAUCCUCGGCCGUGGGUCUUCAAAAAAGUUUCAGCACAUCCGACAUUAGCCAAUUACCGUCGCCUGAUGACGGACCAUCAAUCCCGGGACUCAGAAACGCCGUCUCAGAAUUAGCCCUGAACUCGUUGCAGAGAUCCGGGUUUUUAUUGGAGAACGCAAGACUGGAUCAAACGUCAAGAUCUUGUUCUACUUGGGUUGCCGUUGGUGAUAUAGCUUCUACUUCUCAGCUGCCUUCUCCACAUGGUGGACAAUCUAGUUCUAAUACUCAUCAACCAGCAAGUACCCCUCCACCGCCUGCCUUUACUGCAGCUGACUUUAUUAGAUCAGUUAACAAAAAGGUUCGCCAAAAUUAUAUAAGAAGACGUUUGUUAACCACGUACAAAGCCAUAGAACGCCUGUCACAAAGCGAGUUCAACCUCGAUAGAUUAGAAGUAACGCCAUCUACAGUGACAGCCAGCCUUGGAUCUGAUUCCUGUAAGGAUAAUUCUCCUGCUCCUUCACGCUUAACAGUUCCAGGUUCAAGUCCCACGCCGAGCAAGAGUCCCACAACUUCAAAUAGUACAAACGCGGCUAUGCUGAGGGUAGCCAAACAAAGAGCUGGUAAGAACCUGCCGUUGACCAUUAGGGACGUUGAGAGAGAAAGAGGAAAACCUUUGUCCAAGUACGAAAGAAACAUGAUGAUCUUCAACUGGUUGCACACCUUGGACGAUACUGCAUAUGUUGAGGGCAUCCAAUAAUCAGGCUAUAUAAUAAUUAAGAGAUAUGAAUUAUAAUUUGCAGCUGAUGCUUUUUUUGUGCCAGAUUAUGUUGAUAAAACCG